GUUCUAGAGAAUGUGUGCGGGAGAGUAUGAGCCAGGACGCGUCGGCACUGGAGGCAAAACAAUUAUAAAAACCCAGGUGUGAGGGACGGGAAUUUAUGUGUUCCGCCCCGCCGGUAGAGUGACCAUACAUCACAGUGACAAGGAGGAAGAGGCAACAUUACCUUGUGUUGAGGAGUGAGAGGCAGCGAGGCAGCGGGAAGCAGGCCAAUACGUGUGGUCACAGCAGACGGAUCACUACUGAUGGCGCGACGCUCACUUACUAAUAUGGCGGUGAACAAGAAGGGUGCUCUCAUUCGCCAAGAACGUUUGCUGUUCAAGGUUGGAAGACCGUAAAGAGAGCAAUGGGUGGGCGUCCUGAACCCGUGAGCUCCCGGCCUGCUUGCCUCCUCGAGCUGGGGAGUCACUGGCCGGUGGUCGGCACCUCACAAGUAAAAGUUUCAGUUCAGGUGAGCGGUAGUCGAGCGGAGCAGACGUGAUGUUUGUGGUCGGUCUGAGAGCAGUAGGGUCUCCUGCUGUGGCGAUGGAGGUGGUGGAGGUGGUGGUGGUGGUGGCUGUUAUCCUUAUUGGUGUCCCCGCAGCCAUCACACAAAAAUCACUAACAGGAGCGAGCAUCACCCUGCAGGCUGACGGCAUCCCCACCAACCUGUCGGCGGCUUUCUGGGUAGGCAGGGAGGUGCCCGACAUGACGGAGGUGUCGGUGUGUGUUUACCUCAAGUUCCUACGAGGAAGGGCUAACUAUGAUACCUUCGUCAGCUACGCCACUCUGAACAACACCAACGAAUUAUAUAUAGGCUUCGCCUACCCUUCCCGCCUGUUCGAAGCCUGGUGGGGCUUCAGUCUCAUGGCUCGCGCUGAAAUUAACAGUGACAUCCUGCGAUGGUGGAGGCUGUGUUACGUGCACAACUUUACCACGCAGUCCUACACUGUCUUCUGGAACGACAAAGUGUAUACCGGCACCUCCCGAGGCCCCGAGGCGCUGAGCGGCGGCGGCAUCUUCGUGUUAGGUCAAGACCAAGACAGCCUGGGUGGCGGGUUUGCCUUCUCCCAGAGCUUGAACGCGAUACUGGGGGACUUCCGUCUGUACACGAGGGCAGUGACUGAACAAGAAGCUGUCGACUAUACAAGCUGCCGCCCCACCAACCACGAGCCUAAGCCACUCAUAGAUUUCGCGGACAUCAUGAACGAAUGGAGGCUGGAGGGGUCAGUGGAAGUCGGGGAGGUGAACAUGUCUGAGGUGUGUCAGGAGGAGUCUGUUUUCCACCUCGUGUUCCCUGAGAAACGAAUCUUCUCCCACACCGCCGCGUUGUGCGAGAGUGUGGGUGGGAGCGUGGCAGCGCCCGCCACGCCCAAGGAGAACCAGCGCAUCCUUACCUCAGUGACCCCCUUCACAGAGCAGUGUCUGGAUCCAGCGGGCGUGGUGGUGUACCUCGGGUUCAAAGCCAACCCGGAGCGGCGCACCCUGACCCACUACAGCACUGGCCGGGUUGCACAGUACACUAACAUGACGUCUUCCUACAACACUGGCUACCAUUGCCUUGGCUUCAUGAUCAUCACAGGGGUGGAGGCCAGCUGGCUGCAGAUGCGCUGCUUUGACGAGUUAUGUACAUUGUGUGCCUUCCACGGUAUUAGUCGCCUCAAGCUGCGAGGGCUGUGUGCGAUGUCGCUCUUUGACACGACCUACUUGGUCGUAGGCGGCUCCGUACCGGGCAAACCUAUCCUGAAGGGCCAUGACUACUCCCUGCUGCAGUGGGAGGGCGACACGUGGACGCUGCUCUACCUGCCGGAUGGAGGGCCGGCCAAGGCCACCAUGAUCCGCACGUUCCCUGACCAAUACCCUGUGGGGCGGCGAGACUGGCUGGUGGAGGGGGACCGCUGUCCCCCGCCCGAGGGAGCUCCCAACACGCCCCUCGUCCUUUCCGCCUGCCAGAGCGGGCAAUUUACCUGCGAUGACGGAUCCUGUGUCAGUAUCACCCAGCGCUGCGAUCUGCUCACCGAUUGCCCGGAUUUCAGCGAUGAGGUUGACUGCCACAUCGUGCAGGACUCGGGGUCGUACAUGUCAGAGCUGCCGCCCCCGCUGCGUGAUGGCUCGCCAGUCCCCAUCUCCCUUAUGGCCAACAUUACUUCCAUGGGGGACUUUUCUCUCCUCGACCUUCGGAUCUCCUUUGACCUUAUUCUCAUUUUCGUCUGGAGGGAUUCAAGACUCACUUUCGCUCACCUCAAGGAAAACACAGACCUCAAUCGUGUGAGGAGAGGCGCUCACGUGUGGCGCCCUGAAGUGUUUCUAGAGGACGGUUCUGGCAGCAGAGUGGAUCUGGAGGAGCAUGACACCAGGACCCUCGUGCGCCGUACCUCACAGCCGCUGCCGGACCGCUUCACCAGGCUCAAGGAGGACGAGCACUUCGAGGGGGCGGACAACGACCUGGUGGAGCAGCGAACCCUCACGGUGCGGUCGGCGUGCCAAUUCGACCUGUCCAUGUACCCCUUCGACGUGCAGGCGUGCAGGGUGGUGGUGCGUUCCGUGCUGGGCAUGCGCAGCCUCACUCUCCUGUCUGAGGGUGUCCAUUUCCUGGGGAGCCGCCGCUUGCUGGAGUACUACGUGAAGGAGGUGCGGGCUGAGGGCGGCAGCAGGGAAGGACUUUCGCACGUCACGCUUCACUUCACCUUCUACAACCUCUUCAAGUAUUAUAUCUGUGGCACGUACGUCCCCACCACCCUGCUGCUGUCCAUCACCCAUCUCACCUUCUUCUUCCACCUUGACGACUUCACCAACCGCGUCAUGGUGUCUCUCACGGCGCUGAUGGUGAUGUCCACGCUCUUCUUGCAGACCAACCAGGCCAUGCCCCGCACAGCAUACCUCAAGGAUAAAAUAUUUGUGAGACAUUACUCAUCUCAAACUGACCAGAAACUACAACCUGAAGAAAAAUGGCAUUUAUGGGGCUGCUUCACCUUCACUGUGACAAUGAGGAGACAUAGGAGUAAAAUCCAGGCUCCAGGAUCUCAGCCUGGGCCAGCACUACCUUUAGGUCUGCCUCGUCCAAGUCAAACACAGAGCACAGUGCACGCCUCAGGGAACCGUAGCCAGACUUCCGGCGUUGGACUGACCUGAAAGAAUGGUGUGGAGGCCCCAGUGCAGGAGUCUUAGUGCAUGUAGUGGAGAGGUAGUGGAAAUUUUAAAUGCUGCCAUUUUCUUGUUAAUUAGCAGCCUGUUUGCAGUCAGCAUCUAGACACCAGACGGUGCCAGAUUUUGUCAUUUUUGCUGGAAAAUAAAUACUCUUACAGGCAAGUUUUACAAGCUUACACAGGUGUGUAUAUUGCAUUGCACAUUAAUGCAUCUAAAUUUUCAGUCAAUCUCAUGAUGUCUGACUGCACAUAACAUCCAUCGUCUGAGCCUCCAUUCAUAAUUUCAGAUGAUGUUAAAACUGCUUAAAUUUGUAUCAGGCAAGCAAUUUGUUACAAUCAAUGGGUGUAUACUAAUAUAAACUUUCAUUUGAAUGUACAAAAAAUAGACAAAUCCAUGUAAUGUAUACAUAUAUAGAAAAUAUAAUUUUGUUGCACUUAAUUUUUCCAGUAUGAUAACUAUAUUGUUGGCUCGUGGCGGCAAGCCACAACAACACCCUGCUACUACCCAGCUCACAGGCUCAUGGCCUUGUCUCUCACACAGCUUGCUUUACUACAUUGUUCCUCUGCAAGCAAUGCAUUUUUAUUUCUAUAUUUCACUGAUAAUCUUCAUAUAUACAGGACGUGAAAGUGAUUUCCAUUAUUCUCGAAAGCUCAGAUAAAAUGUAUAAACUGAAAUCAACAUAUUUUAAUUUUUACUGCUCAUACUUACUGAAAAAAGAAUGACGUAUUUGUAGCUCUUUUAUAAUUAUUAUAAUUUGUAGCUUUAUCUUGUAUAACAUAAUAUUGUAUUACAUAAUACAAUUAACAGUAUUACAUAAUACAAUUAACAAAUCUUAUGAUGCACCAGUAAGUAAUAAUAACAUUAAGGUUGUUUUUAAUUUCAAAUACACAUGUGCAGCAAUUCAUGUCAUAUUUUUUUCCUCACAAUGGUUUCUAAAUU